AUGUCUACGAAUCGCAUGGAACAAACGCGCCAGAAGAAACCAGCGCGGCGGUCGAGAUACGGAUGCCGUAAUUGCAAGCUGAGAAAACUCAAGUGCGACGAGAGCAAACCGCGCUGUAAAAAAUGUAGCUCGUUUGGGGUAUUGUGUAACUUUGGGCUCAACAUUCCCGAUCUUCACCCAAUUACUCCCGACACCGUGAGGGCCGUGGUUCGAUGUAAGCCAUCGCCUCAGAGACCCGUCGCGAGCGCUGUGUGGACCUCUGAUGAGUACGCCAUCUAUCAGCUCAAUGCGAAAUGUCAAGACUUUGUGACGAGAUACUACGCUCGAAGUCUCUUGACGCCGGAUGAUGGGAACAUGAUCGACGUCAAUCGGAGGCUGUUCAGACUCGCCUUCACUAACCCUUGCUUGAUGCACGCUUCUCUAGCCGUGGCACUUACAUACGACCGCUAUCUAAACACCUCAGCAAGCUCACCCCGCAGUCUAGAGGAAUGCUACCACUGGUCUCAAAGUACAGCGCUCUUUAACAAGAAGCUACGCGAACCUGUCAAGACGCAGGACAAAGACCCAAUCUGGGGCACAGCGGCUGCGUUGGCCGUCUUGACGUUCUCAUCACCUGAUGCGUACAGGCCCGAGGACUCUUGGCCUCUAAAAACUGGCGACGAUGACCUCGAUUGGGUGUCUAUGAUCAGUGGGAAGAUGUCGCUGUGGAAUAUGGUGGACCCUCUACGAAAUGACAGCCUGUUUCGCGUUAUGGCCGUUACGAUUGCCCAGAUGCAGGCGCCUUUGCCAGAAAUCGGGAUACACGGUAUACCAGAGGAACUAGCCGCUGUCUGUCAUUUGAAAGAGACAUCUACGCUGGAUAAUCCUUAUUUCUACGCUGCGCAUGCAGUUUCGCGCAUCCUUUGUCUACCGAAUAGCCAAGUUACGACAGGGCAAACACAGCUUUUCACGCACAGAAUCGACGGCGCCUUCAAGGAACUGCUCCUUGCGAGAGACCCUGUCGCGUUAUUGCUGCUAUAUGUAUGGUAUCGCAAGGCAGGACGGAGUAUAUGGUGGGUCGAGCUUCGAGCGAGGGUGGAAUGCCCAGCGAUCUGUCUGUACCUACAACGCUAUCACGCGGAUGAGGUCGCGGUGCAUGCGCUGCUUCAGAGCGAUAUCACAAUCGGAUGA